AUGAAAAUCUCAAUCAAUGAAUCCUUGCUUACUCAGAAUGUCAUAAUUAUCGUAUUUUGCGUUGUCAAGUGGUUGCUAUGGAAAUCAACAUUAGCCAAUACGUGUGAUGAUACACCUUACCGCUUACCAAGUCACGUGCUCCUUCACCACGUGAUCCAGUCUUUACAGGGUACUAGUUCUAUAGUCAGCUGUCUUGACCAUUGUGAAGAUAACUCGAAAUGUCACAGCAUCAACUGGUACAGUAUUACAGGUCUGUGUCAGCUGAAUGACGGUACUCACCUCUCCUACCCUGAGGGUCUUGUGCCAGACUCGACUGGAAGGUACAUCCUGUACAGYCUUCGCCCGAUGGUUACCUGUAGUAACAAGUUCUGUAGUCAUGGAGACAUUUGUUUGAUGGAAAAGAAUGGGAUCAACUAUCGAUGUGAAAGUACUGAUUGUAUUCAGCCACUUGGUAUGGAAGAUGGUCGCAUCAAAAAUUCACAAAUCACAGCAUCGUCGUCCUAUWCGACUGGCAAACCAUAUAAUGGAAGRYUGAACGCAAAAUAUGUACUCAAUCAGAACGCUGGAGGCUGGACUGCAAGAGCAUCURAACCUGGUCAAUACUUGCAAGUUGACCUUUUACGAACACACAUAAUCACAAAAGUUGCUACGCAGGGCAGAGGUUACAGUCAGUACCCAAGGUGGGUGACAAAGUACUACCUUACCUACAAUCAAGACGGUACUACCUGGAAAUCGUACAARUAUGGAGGAGUUGUUAAGGAAUUCGUUGGAAACACAAACAUACACACGAUUGUAGAGAGAACCCUUCCUUCACCAAUCAAAGCCAAGUUGAUUAGAGUUGUGGUUUUGGCAUGGCAAGGUGGCAGGGCUGCAAUGCGAAUUGAACUCUAUGGAUGUGUCAUUUAGUAAACUAGAACGAGAUACGGUUAACUGUUGAAUACGCUUGUACUUACUAUGUUUAAAAACAAAAAAAAAUUGUAAACUCUAAUCCCCAUUUCAUUUCCCCAUUCCCCUAAAACUUAACAAUGGAACCUUACACCAGUUGAGUUCAUACACUCACAACGUUGCCGCUCCACUCGAACGAAAGGGAUUAUAGAUAAAAGUCUUUCAAUUGUGAAAAAUGACAAAAAAGAACAGCCUUCACAAUAUAAGUUCAUCGUGUCGAUUCUUCGCAUCCUUGAACAAAACUAGCCUCCUCCGCAGGCAUCACAAAGAAUCACAAAGACUCACGGGAUUCCUGUCUUUUUUGGGAGUCAAAAGAGGGAGAAUGGGGGCGAGAAAAGGGAGGAAGCCCCUGGGGAGGAGGCUAGAACAAAACGUGUUUUGAGUUUUCAGUCUCGAUAUCUUCGGCUUGUUUACUUAUGUC